AUGGGUUCUGCGGCAGACGUGACCGCCCCGUCGGCUCUGCCCAAGGUGCCCGUGAAGCACAAUGACUUCCUCUCCUACGUUGCCGCCCAUCCUGACUCUCUCAUGACGGAGCUCAUUGAGCCGUACAAACAAUACGACUCGAAACUUCGUGAGGUCUACGCUCAGGAGCCAGACCACCCCGCGCUCACUGACCGAUUCCUCAAUGUCACGCCUGUGUUCGCUGGUCAGGAAUCCAACGCCAAAAUCCGCGCGCGAAACCUCGCCGCCGAGUCCGAGGCCGAGAAGGAAAAGUACAUCAUGCCUCUCGACUCAGACCAGCGGAAGCCCAACGGCAGCCCGGCAGUCGUCCAGUCCUUGAAGGAAUUCCAGACGAACUUCACCGUCUUCUCCGAAUCCUCACUUGUCGACAUGGAUUGGAGCAAUGUGGUGGCAGCCGGGAGCUCAGUCGUCACGCCGCUUUUGCCGGUCCCGGAGGAGUAUUCAGGCUCGAAGCGAGCGCUUCGCCGGUAUUACCAUGAAGUCGUUGCCCCUGCCUCUGACGUCGACCUUUUCCUUUACGGCCUGAGUGAAGCAGAGGCCUUGGAGAAGAUCAAGCAGAUUGAGCAAAAAGUCAAGGAUUCCAUCCUGGCUGAGAUGACAACAAUCCGCACCAAGCAUGCCAUCACCAUCGCCAGCCAGUAUCCCACGCGCCAUGUGCAGAUCGUUCUCCGCAUCUACAAGUCCGUCGCCGAGAUCCUCACCGGCUUUGACGUCGAUUGUUCCUGUGCCGCCUAUGAUGGCAAGCAGGUGUACGCUUCCCCCCGCGCACUUGCCGCGUACAUGACGCAGAUCAACACAAUCGACCUCACCCGUCGUUCUCCCUCGUACGAGAACCGAUUGUCCAAAUACUCCCACAGAGGAUUUGAGGUGUACUGGCCCAAUCUCGAUCGGUCCAAAAUCGACCCAACCAUCUUCGAACGCAACUUCGCUCGAACCGUGGGACUUUCUCGCCUGCUCGUCCUGGAAAAGCUUCCUGACAGUUCUGAUCGCGACGAUUACAUGAACCAGAGGAGAAGAGAAAGAGGGAGGCCUGAAGUCAACCAGUACGCCCGGGCUGCUCGAGGCUUGAGAGGGAACAUCAAAGAGAAACAUGAGGACGAAGUUGCCGAAUGGGUUGAAGAGGACGAGGUGGCUGAUUACCACACAUUCACCAUUCCGUACGGCGAUAAGUUCCACGCCCGGAAGAUCGAGAAGUUACUCUACACGAAGGAUCUGUUACUCAAUGCUGAGUGGAACAGAUCCAAGGACCGCGAAGUGAAUCUACACCGUCACCCAGCUUUCUUUGGAAACGCCGAAGACGUCUUCUACGACUGUUGUGGUUAUUGCCCGCAGCCGGAAACGCCCGAGGAAGAAGAAGUUGCGGAAGAAGAGGGCAAGACUUUCGUGUCUGGGAAGAUCUCGUUCAUCAAAGAUGAUCCAGGCCGCCAGACCAUUGGCAGCUUCAACCCCUUGACCGACAAUGAUUGGACUGAGAUGGCAUACGUCGGCAACACUGCUCGUUUGUGCCAGGCGAUUGUCGAUGGCGAUUUGGAGCAUGUCCAAGAUUGGCUCGCACAGGAAGGCGCCGACCCCAACUGCCGCGACUAUACCGGCCGGACUCCUCUGCACCUUGCUUGUCACUCAUCUUCUCCUGAGAUAGUUCAGUGUCUCGUUGAUGCAGGUGCUCGCAUGGUUGCUCGUGUGGCUGAUGGCCGCACAGCACUUCAUCUCGCAGCUGCCCGAGGAAGUGCGGAAAUUGUGAGGAUAUUGAUGAAGAGAAGCGAGGCGAACGAAGAGGAGGAGGCCAAGAAAGCCGAACUGCGCCGGAAGACAAGACUUGCGGCAAAGGAAGCUGCAGGCCCUCCUGCUUCCAAGAGCCCCUCUGAUGCCAAGGAGGCCUCUGAUGAGGAGGAUGCCGAGAUGAUCGACAGCGAGGAGGAUGAAGACGUGGAAAUGAGAUCGACUACCACUGGAUCCUUUGUCGAUGUCAAGAAGAAUGAUGGGCCCAACGAAGAUGACAAUUUGCCAGAGGAUGACGAAGAAGAGCCUGACGUCUACGACGUUAACGUAUUGGCUUGGGACAUACCCAGUUCUCCAACUCAUCUGGCUAUCUUCAACGGUCACUGCGAGGUUGUCAGGGAGCUUGUUCAGAACUUCGGUGCCGAUGCUAUACUGCCAGUCAAGCUCCUCAACAGCUACAACAAGAAGCCUUCGGCAGCGAUCCUGACCCUGUGUCUCGCAACGCACCUGCCUUUGGAAAGAGCCAAAGAGAUGAUCAGUACACUCCUGGAGGUUGGGGCAUCUUCUGCGCAAGCGGAUCUCCAUGGCGUUACGGCCUUCCACCGUUUCACGGCUCAGCAGACAGAGCUGAUGCAGGCGUUGAUUGACUACGAUCUGCCCGGAGCGAAGAGAGCUCUCAAUCACAUAGUCUGCGCGGGGCAUGGGUACCGCCCUUUCGCUAUCGGCCCUCUUCAAACGGCAAUCGAUGCCAAGAACAUAGCCCUGGCGCUCAAACUCCUGGACAUGGGGGCUAAGCCGGACAUUGGAUUCGAAGAGUUUGUGGCCGCUUGGACCUCGAUGCGAGGUUCGUAUGUCGACAAAGACAACACGGAGAGGAACUUGGAGACUUUCCGAGAAAAUGUCUACCAGCCGAUUGUCGUAGCCACCCUAAACGAACUCCCUGAUGUUGUUCUACAGCUGCUUCAGCAUGGAGCCGAUCCAAACACACUUACUUCCAAUGGCUGGCGAGUUGUCCAGGAAGGCCAUACGUACGGAAGAGAUGACGCACAGAGCCUGCUUGACCUCGUGCGUGAUAAGCUGAAGCAAUAUCGGAAAUACGAUGACAAGGUUGAUGUCAAGAUUCCGAAGCCAGCCUUCAAAGGCUCUGGUCAAGCGUACAUCGACGCCCAUGAGGACGGCAGCUAUCAGCAGUGGGUUGCUGUUCAGGCGGUACAACAAGAGCUCCAAAACCAUGAGUCUUCCAUGAAGAGUUACAGGGAGAAGGUGGAAGAUGCUCAGAAGAGGAAGGGACUUAAGGAGAAAAGAGAGGCGGUAGAAGAGCUUUGCCGUCAGUUUGAGGGCGUUGAAAAAGCACUCCUGGCGAAGGGAGCCAAGACUUUUCCGGAGCUGCAUCCAGACAAGGCCUCGAAGAAGCGUGAGCCGAGCUCUGACUCUGAUGUACGAAGCGAGAAGGAAGAGCCGUGGAAAGUUGAAUUCGGGUUCAGAGUCCCGGAUCUGACUGACAAGAAAAGGGAAGGCUAUGUCAUGCUAUUCGAUGCCGCCUGGAAGGGAGACUUGCUUGCUAUCAAGAGACUCACUCUGACAUUCUGGGGCGAACUGCGCGACCGAUUCCCGCUUAAGAUUGCCGUCUACGACACGAACAACCUAUCUCCUCUUCAUAUCGCAGUUCAUCGUGGUCACAUUGACUGUGCUCGAGGCAUCUUGGAGAUCGCCAAAGCCCAGUACAAACCGAAGGAGAAGAGAGGCGAGCGAUACAACAUGGAAGAAGACGAAGACUCGGAUUACGAGUCAAGCCAGGCCAGUGAAGCAAGUGAGGACGAGGACAAGAUCAAGGUUUUCCGAGAAAUAGUCGACGAUCAGUUCACCAUCGACAACAUCGGGGAAGUCUCGACCCAGGUCCGAAGCCAUGUGACUCCAUUAGCUCUUCUGGAUUGGAGUUGCUCGAUUCCUCGAGUCAAGAUGGAGAAGCAAGAGUCCUCGGUCAUUGGUCUUGCUUCACAUGCUCUUGCGGGAGAGUGGUCAACCGCCGAAUCCAGUGAUCUCAUACAGUAUGCCAUCGAAAAGGAUGACGUUGGCCUACUCAAGACCUUGCUUGGGUGGGGUGCUGAAUACACCGCGCAAUACAGCAAGUCUGAUACUGAAGAGACGACCUCCCCAUUCUAUACAAGGAACGAAAACGACCUCACUCUUGCGAUGCGUCUCGGCCGCAUCAGUUGCCUUGCUGAGCUCAUCAAACAGACAGGUGUCGGUCUUCCUUUGGACAAACUUAUCAAGAAGAGCGGCGUUGAGAUCAUUGAAAAGCCCAAGUAUUACCAGGGCUUGUCGAUCCACGGGAAGAAGCGAGCGGAUUGGGCAGCAGCUGGAAGAGGAAUCACUACCCAAACAGCGAGUGAGGAUCAUCCUCCGCUCCUUCAAGCUGCGAAGACAGGUAACGUCGAAGCUACCGAGUGGUUCUUGAGCGAUGCCCCGGCAAGGUGCUAUGGGGAAUUCGCUGAGGCAAACAAGGAGGACAAGAGGCUGCAGCACCUCGCGACAGUUGGAGGCGGCGGCAUUCAGAGGAUGAUCUCCGAGUGGCUGGAGCUAAGACAAAAGCUUGUCCUCCACUGUGCCAUUAUGGCUCCCUGGGAGGCUGACCAGACGCCAAAGCUCCUAGACUAUCUUGUACGCGCCCUUCCCAAGACGUUAGAGACCAAGGCGAACAGCACUGGCCAAACCCCCCUUCAUAUCGCCUUCGCCAUGGGUCGGUAUGUCACGGCGAAAAAGCUCAUUGCAGCCGGUGCGGACCAAACCUGCCGCGACAAUACAUGGAACAACAUAAUCCACGCUGUGCUCGAUUCCGGGACCCACCCAGACAUCGAGCUGUUCAAAAUGCUGGAACUGGUUGAUCGUCGCCUCCUCGAAUCGUUGUUCACGGAACGAAACUCCCAUGCUGCAACCCCGUUGGCGACUUGGCUUCACUGGGCCGACGAUUCCUCAGCAAAUGUUCUGAAGCAUCUUCUCUCAUUGUCUCCCACACUCGCAGAGCUCGACAUGGUUGACGGUGUGGGCGACACGCCGCUCCACAUCGUCACGAAGAAGGGACUGCCCUCGCUCAUGCGCAUCAUCAUCGACCGACGCCCCGAGCUGCUGUACCGCGAGAACGCAACCGGCCGCACACCUGCAGAAAUGGCAGGGGACGCGUGGACUUCGGAGUGCUUCGGGAAGCCGCCCCAGAUCCCCUGGGAUCCCAGCGAGCAACACUGGUACUGGCGCCAAAACGAAGGAACCGACCCCGUCCUCGACCGUCCUUUGGAGAAGUUCGUGCCGGGUGACGGAGAUGACGAGCAAAGCACCGCUACUACUCCGUGGGAGCUGUGCCGUGAGCGCUUGGAAAGGGACGGCAAGGCGGGGCUGGUCAAGCGGAAGCUCGUGUCGCUCAACGAGGCCAACGAGGUCGCGCGUCGUCUGGGAAAGAGGCAGAAGCGCUCUGCGCGUGGACGUCGCGAGCCCCAAGAUGGCGACAAUGAAAGCCAAAACGAGGAGGACAGCCGCCGCGAUGAGAUUAUUACCUGGUGGGGGCCAUCUUGGUGCGAGUUCGAGUACGACAAGGAUGGAAAGCUGUUGACGGAGUAG